UUUAUUUAGAUUGGCAUAUUCAGUGCACCUCCUACAACACUUGGUCGACAAUUCUGAACAGGAUGAAAGAGCUGGAAUUAUUAUGUAUGACAUAGCAUGUAGCCUUCAGAGACACUUGCAGAAAGAAAACAAAGACCUACAGGCAAAUUUUAAGUUUGUUGUGCCAGUGUUUCACAGUUAUGCACAUAAUAUGGCAUGCCAGCUUGAAUUUGGUCAAAGGUUUGUGGAGGGAACUGGACUUAAUGAUGGAGAAGGUGUCGCGAGAUUGUGGUCCUACCUCAGAAAAUUCAGUUCUAUCACAAAAGAAAUGACUGUGUCAAACAGACACUUUUUGUUAGUGGAUGCAUUAGAACAUUAUUCAAACAGAAUAAAGGAAAAAUUAGGGGAACGAUUAAAGGCCAUGCUUGAGAAAGCCAAAAAAUUGCAACAAGAAACCAGAGACGUGUUCACUGCUGUAGAAGCAAAGCAUGAUGGCAGUGCAGCAGAAUGGAUUUCACUCUGGAAAGAGUUAUCAAGAAGUGGAAGACAAGUUUCUGUCAGUUUAACACCAGAUGAAAGAUACUGUUGGCUCUCCAAACAGAUUGUUACACAGAGGAUAAUGUUAGCCGAUUCCAAUGUUGAGGAUGAGAAGGUACUUUUUAAAGACCAUAUUCAAAAAAAAUGA